UUUACUCGUGAUAAAACGCUUUGUCGGACAUCUGUGUGUCCAGCAGAGCGACUGCUGUGUCUUUCAAGAUAGCUGUAGCAUUCCUCAGCUGUUCCCUCUGAGCAGCGUCCUAUGGAAUUCAUUGGCGCGGCUUUGGCUAUUUGAGUUUGACUUUGCUUUUUGCCCUGUGGCUUCUGACUGUGUGAUUUCUUCCUUUGCUGUCAUGUUGUGUUUUCUAGAGACUGGGUAGCAGAAGACAUGGCGACCUGGGAAUCUUCUGGUCAGUGGAUGUUUUCGUGUUACUCUCCUGAGAAGGGCAAGCCUAAUGUUUCAGACUUUCCAGAGAUCUCCCCUGAGGAGCUGCGCCUGGGGUAUUACAUCUGCAGAGCCAAGGAGGGCACAGGACUCUACAUAAUCGCUGUCCAUCAGUAUGUGCAGCAAUGGAGAAACAGGCUGCAGGAGCUGAAGGCUUUAAACGCCUGGAGAACAGCAUCGAUGUUUUUCAGCUACUUUGGAGAGAGAAAGCGGUCACUCCACCAUCACCUUCUCUUGGACUGGGAGGACAGUAAGCCCCAAACACUGGGUUCCCAAGCUCUCCAGCCAACAGCAGCAGCGGUGCUGCCCGCUUGUCCCUGCACGCAAAUCCCAGCGUCUCAUCUGGAAGCGCUCCAGCUGUGGGGAGCUCUGCUGCUGCCUCCAGUCCUCCUGCCCUCGGAGUGACGUCCUCCCACAGCUGUCCCCAUCCCGUUGGCACUGGGGAUUCUUCGGCUCCAUCUGCAGCCUCACUUCACGCUCCUGGAACGGCCGCUGGCCAUGGACUUCUGGGCUUCUGGGC